AUGAACAUCGAGGUUGGGAAUGUGUCUUAUACGGGAGCCAUCAUUUCCUGGUCGUCCUCGGAGCCCUGCCUGGAGGACUAUUACCAUGUCAUGUAUAGGCCCAAUUGGAACAGCAUCUUCUCUGGCUAUCUUCGCUACAGCUUCCACCACGAGGAGAAGGUGCCUCGAACCAUCAGCUCUAUGGUGCUUCAGCAUCUGGCUCCCUCCACUCUGUACUUCCUGUGCAUCAGCUGCAAGAAGGCCACCUUUCCCUACAGGCACGACUGCACCAUGUUCCACACCUUGGACAAGAGACCUCUGGCCUCAGGAAGCUCCCUGGUGGACCCCCAAAUCUCCCUUUGGGUGCUGAUGGCCAUCCUGCUAGCCUGUUUCACGGCUGUCUUAGCUUUCAUCUGCCUCCAGUUCUGGUGCAUUCGCUGCCAUGAGCCUCGGUGGUCUUACCGUGCUGGCCACAUGGAGGAGGCCAACGGGUUAGUGAGAUGGCCUGAGGAGGCACUGGCUCUGGGUCCACGGGAAGAAGACCUGCAGGGGCUCCCCCUGGUGGAGAUGGCACGCAAGAACUCGGGCGCGGCUGCAGAACCAGAAGGGGAAGCUGCCCAGAGUGCUCCUGAAGACAUGGGCGGUCAUCCACCGGCCAGGCUGCUUGAGUAUGGGCAGUGAGAAGCAGGGAAAGAAGCAACCCACACCACGUAGCUCAAACCCUGCAUACAGUAGGUCUUUUGUGGGAAAAAAUGUCUCUCACGUACCCCCUUCUUACCCCUCAUGUCAGUGCUCUUGUGGAAGAACUGGAUGGGUGACUGCUCUAAGACGAAGCUUGUCAGACAGGAUAUAAAGAUAUACCCUCAGGUGUGCUAACAGCGCACAUCGUGAGACACAGUUAAGAAUUAAAGCAUUAUUUGAAACUGAAAACAGUGGAUAAACUAUGGAGGCAAACGGGAGAUUUGCAUGACAGAAAAUAAA